GCCGCGCCAGGUCACAAGAGUCCUUUGAUCCGCUGGCCAUUCUCAAUCUGUUCCUGUCGUUUCCAUGAAACAACAGCUUCUCAUCUUAGCCAAGCCCAUCCGCCACGCUCAAGAUGGCGUCGCUUCCUGCGAGAACAGCGCUGCCUCGGCCCAGUUCGCGCGAGAGCUGCCGGCGCGUCGAGAUGGAGCCAGGCGGCGGCGGCGGAGGUCCGGGCUUGCUGAUUGUCAACAACAAGCAACGGGGCGCGGGGCUCGGGCUGGCGGCGCCGGCGACGCCGGGGGUGAAGGGCCGAGAGCCCAACCGCAACCAGCGCAAGGACUCGGAGGUCAGGCGGGGCGGCGAGGGGCUCCGGGUGGGGGGAAGGACGUGUCCUCGCCCACUCGCCGCUUCCUACCGAAGUCUCAAGGAGCCGGGAGGGAGGGAGGGAGGGAGGGAGCGGCUGCCUCUGGGUGACUCCGGCUUCCCUCACCUGUCGGGCCUUGCAUGUCACCAGCGGUUUAAAAAUAGAGAUGAAAUAGACGGGGGAGGGGGGUCGGGACGUCCCUGCGCUGGCAGUGGACGUGCAAUGUUUAGUCUCCACCCAAGCCUUGGCUUCCCUCCCCUCCUUUACUCACGCGAAGCCAUUUCCCAAAUAAAGACUCUUUCCCAUCCCCAUCACGAAGAGGAGCCUGCCAUGGUCACAAGGCAGCUGCUUCCUCCUCCUGCAAAAAGUGCAACUUUUGGGAAAACCCUCCCCAUCCUUUUGCCUUUUUAAAAGGUGUUUGCAGCGCAGAAGCUUGCUCACAAGUAAGCUGCCCUGUGCCCAGGGGCUCUUACUCUCGAGUAAGGGUUGCCUGUAGGGUGACAACCCGGAAGAUUAUAAAUCGGCAGUCCUAUCUGUACACAUUUACUUGGGAGUUAAGUUCCGUGGGUUUUGUAACUCUGAACAGAUCUUGUCCAGGUUGCACGGCAGUCUGCGAAACUUGAGUUCCAGGCAAGCCUUAAAAGUGCGAAGUUGCCGAGCAAUGUGGCAAAGCAGGUUUCAGGGAGAGGAGCAUUGCCGUAGUCAUCUGCAAGUUACCAUAGUAACAGUGAAGCUGCGUGGGGAAAGUCGAGAGCCCUUUCAUGCUGAGCCUAAGUUUUAUUUUAAACUGUCCUCUUCACCCAGGGUUAUUCGGAAUCUCCAGAUUUUGAGUUUGAAUAUGCAGACACAGACAAGUGGGCUGCUGAGCUGUCAGGUAAACUGUGAACUGCUUUUCUCUAAUAUUGUGCUUUGUUUUGAAACAGUUUCAUUUUAUUAUAAUGGAUGUUGCUACAAAGUAAAAAUCAAGCCUAUGUGAAAAUUCAACGGAUUUGUUUGAGUUGCUGCUUCCUAUAUUCAUUGUUAGUUGCUUUCAGGUUUUAUCUUGUGAUUACCGCUGUGUGAGGAAAGUUGUUUCGAGUGGAAGUGAUAUCCACAUAAAAGCUCUCAGUUUAUAUUUUCUGACCUACCCUGGAUACUUUUUUAAUGAAGAGCAAGUUAGAGGUGUUCUAAAUAAAAAAAUAAUUCUGCUAUAAAUAAAUAGUGUGUCUUAGAUUUUGCUUUAAGUAUACAUAUGUACUUUUGAAUAUUCAGUCAAUAGUAUGUGUUCCUAUUUUACUUCAAUAGGAGAGAUGUGCAGACAUUGCCCAGAUUCAUCUAUCAUGUUCCGCUUGUAAAACCCAGUGCAAGGACAACUGCUAGAGCAGUGGGGCUUUUCCACCUCCACUGUGAGCCCCCUGCACCUUCCCAAAUUCACUCAGAAAGGUAUCCAGUAAUAGGAGAUAUCCAGUAACAGUGCAGGGAGGGAGGAGAGGAAAGAUGGUUCCAUCAGGCAAGCAGAAAUCCUUUCACUGAUGGAACAAUUUCCUUAGCGCUAUGCAGAAUCCUACCCAUUAGGCUUAACCAUUGCUUGUUUCUGUAACUACAGUUAAGUGUUGCUUACACCUGAAUACCUACAUCAUGGUUAAGGGUUGUCUGCAAACUACUUAUGUUAAGUCAUGAGUCUGAAGCAGGUUUGUAAACCAUGUUUUGUAUUAACCAUGGUACAUCUACAUCAAUCAGUUUAGUUCUCCCUGCAUCUCCAGGAUCUUCCCUUGCAAAGUUAUGAGCAGGCCUCAUUGGUGUGGUUCCCACCCUACAGGGGCAGGGCUUAGCUUGAGAAAGCUCACCCAUGGUAGCAAUUUUCAAAUAAUGCCAUCUUCUCUAACACUCUGUGUUAUGAACAUUCUUCCACUUGUCAUGACAAAUAGCUGUCUCCAGUCAUGUUGCUUUAAACCGUGCUCAGGUACUGUAUAACAUAUAACUUGGUUUUGUGUAUUUAUUAUCUCAUGGCAGAACUGUACAGUUACACUGAAGGUCCGGAAUUCCAGCUCAACAGAAAAUGCUUUGAGGAAGAUUUUAGACUGCAUGGUAAGAGUGAAGUAUUGUCUUUUUGCUGUGAAAAUGUCUUGUAGAGUUGCUUUGUGUGUGCUCUAGAAGUUGGUCUUUGUGUGCUCAAAAUGUAAGAUCUUUCUCUUUGUGAUAGAAAUAAAAUACCAAAGGAUUGAUUGCUAAAUCAAGUAUGUUCUUACAUCUUUCCAUGAAACUUUGCUUUUAUUUUAAUCUAUUAUUAUUAUUAUUAAUUUGUAUACCUCCCUUCAUCCAAAGAAGGUUCACAACAUAAAAAUACAAAACGUGAGCACAAAAUACAUACCGUAUUUUUUGCACCAUAACACUCACUUUUUUCCUUCUAGAAAGUAAGGGGAAAUGUCUGUGCGUGUUAUGGAGGGAAUGCCUACGGGUGGCGGGGGGGAUCUGCUGCAGUCGUGAGCAGAGGAUCCAUGGUUCCCCUUCCUUCCCUCCUCCGUGGCUCGCUUUGAAACAGCAAAGCGGGAGAAGAGCCACUGAGUGGGGAGGAGAGAGGGACAGAGAGCCUGCUUCUUUAAAGGAGCAGUUCCGGUUGGUUCCUUUAAAGCAAGCAGGCUCUCUGUCCCUCUCUCCUCCCCACUCAGCUCGCUAAAUAGCAGCAAAGUUUUUCAGCUCGCUAAGCCGGGGAUGAGCUGGGAGGAGGGAGAGAAGCAGAGCCUGCUUGCUUUAAAGGAGCAAAGCAGGAGAGGAGAGGAGCCUUCUCCCCUUAUACCCCUCUUCUUCAUUAUUAGCAGCAUCCUUCUCCACCCACCCCACACAUGCUCCUUGUCCCUUGAGUGCUUUUCCUUCCCUCCCCACUUAAAACGUGGUUACAAAGCACGGAUCCACAUGGAUCCUCAGGAUUUUUGCACUGGGUCACCCCAAAUUCACCAUCAGAUCACAUAGCAUGUCCAUGGCUACAUCUUGCACCCAAAAAAUCACACACCCACUGUUGCCUGGGGCUGCAGUGGUACAAAAACGUGGUUACAAAGCAUGGAUCCACAUGGAUCCUCGGGAUUUUUGCAUUGGGCUACUCCAAACUCACUGUCAGAUCACAUGUCUGUGGCCACAGCAUGAACCACAAAAAUCAUACAUCCACUGUUGCGUUUAGAAUAUUUUUUUUCUUGUUUUCCUCCUCUAAAAACUACGUGCGUGUUAUGGUCGGGUGCGUGUUAUAGAGCAAAAAAUACGGUAAUAAAGAACCCCCAAACAAACCAAUAACACCCCUCCAAACCAAUGACACAUUUAAAAAGGUAUAGAAUGUUUCAACAGCCAUAGCCCUGGUUAUAGAGAAACCUUUUCAUCUGGUGCCUAAAGGUAUGUAAUGAAGGCUUCAGGCAAACCUCUCCAUGGAGAGCAUUCCACAAAUGGAGAGCCACUGCAGAAAAGGUUCAUUCUCAUGUGUCCACCCUGGACCUCUCAUGGAGGAGGCAAACAAAGAAGGGCCUCGGGUGAUGAUUGCAGGGUCUGGUAUUGUGGUCCUGAGCCAUUUAAUAGUUUGUAUUUUAAGCAAAUCUUGAGUUUUUGGAAGCGAUGGAAGGUAUUUAAGGUAAAUGAGAGGGCCUGAUAUCAUAGCAUAGGAUCCUUAUUUAUGAAUUUUCUGAAUGUUCUAGUGUGCCAGUCUGAAGGGUGCUUACCACAGCUUUUAACUCAUAAGAAUUGUAAGGGCUUUUGGGUUCUUAUGAAUUCAGCCUGACCUCCCAGACUCUUCUAAAGCAAAGUUGCCCUGUGACUUGUGAGGCUAAAGCUCCCUGAUCUUUGAGGGUCUGUUUUGUAGUUUCAGAAAGCAGCCUUAUAUCAAACUGUUUGACUUUACAGUGCUGGAUAAAAAAUGGACAGAGUUGGACACCGAUCAACAUCGUACCCAUGCCAUGAGGCUUCUUGAUGGCCUUGAAGUCACUGCUCGGGAGAAAAGACUGAGGGUAGCCCGAGCCAUCCUCUAUGUUGCACAAGGUAUACCUUUAUUACUGCCAGAGGAAAUUCUCAGUUAUGAAAUGUUUGCUAGUUGCUGUGUAAUGUCUUCAUGGAAUAUUUAUUAACAUGGUACUUGAGUGAAACCAAGCCUGUUUUUUGAAAAAGAAAGAAAGAACAGAGAUGAAGGAAUUUUGUUUGUUACUACCUUUAUUGCAUAAAUGACUGAGAGCAGUAUCCUAUUAAAUAGAUCCACUAGUGCAGAGAUUUCCACUUGUACAAUGAAACCUCCUCCCUCUCUGCCAAAUAUGUGUGCCAAAUCUGUUCCAGAGAGUUGAGAGAAACCCAGAACAGAUUUAGGAGGUAUGCAAGGAAAGGAGAGGAUGGAGAACUUCUGUUGUACAAGCAAAAAUCCUUGCACUAGCAGAUCUAUUUAGUUGGCUACCACCCUUACUCAGUUUCAUUUUUAUUUUUAGUUGUUUGGGGCUAGAUUCUAGACUUACAGUCACUUUUCAUAGUAAACCAAGAUGGUUGUCCAUCUUUGCUCAUAGUGUGCCUGAACAUCAGAGCUGACAGAGACAGCAGUUUGUAGUUGACUAUCACAUAUGUAGAUAUAAUUAACCUGAGUAGUUGCUAUUAUUAUCAUCAUCAAAGUUAUAUCCCACCCUUCCACUCAAAGGAGCCCAGGGCAGCAAGCGCACAAUUAAUGAAACAGUUUAAACAUUUAAAAGCAAUUCCAAUUGAAAUGCCACCUGUAAAAGGCUUGUUGAAAGAAGAAGGUGCCAAAAAGACAACAGAGGUGGUCCCUGUGUAAUAUUUAAUGGGAGGGAAUUCCAAAGAGUGGGUGCCACAUCACAAAAGAUCUGAUUCCUAUAUUUUGCAGAAUGGACUGACCCCCAUGCUCAGUUAGUUAUCUGCAUGAGGCCCUCACCUACAGAGCAGUUAUUUGUUGGGUAAAUAAGGGGCAAGACGAUCUUUCAGGUAUCCUGGUCCCAAGCUAUAUAGGGCUUUAUGCACCAAAACCAACACCCUGAACUUAGCCCAGUAACUAAUUGGCAGCCAGUGCAGUUCUUUUAGCAGCUAUGUAACAUGGUGGCAGUAGCCUGCCACAGUGAGCAGUCGAGCCAUCUCAUUUUGCACUACCUGCAGCUUCAGGACUAACUUCAAGGGUUGCCCUGCAUAGAAAACAUUGCAUUAAUUCAGCCUGCAGAUUACCAGCACAUGGGUGACAGUGGCCCAGUCCCGAAAUGGCCAUAGCUGUCGUAUUGGCCAAAACCGGUAGAAGGCACUCCUGGCCACUAAGAGCACUUGGGCCUCUACUGACAACUAUGGAUCUGGGAGCACUCCUAGAUGAGCCUGCUCUUUAAGUGGGAGUACAACCCUAUCCAAAGUAGGGAGUUGGCCAAUUAUUAAGAACCUGCCACCCAAAACACUUCCAUCUUGCCGGGAUUCAAAGCCAGUUUGUUGGCCCUCAUCCAGCCCAUCACCAAGUCCAGGCAGUGGUCCAGAGCUUGCAUGGUCUCCAUAUUAGUACAGAUGCAUGAUAUUGCAUUAGUGACAUAUUUCCAUUGCACCAAAUAUUCAGGCAACAGAGGUUGUUCGGUGGGAUUAUCCCUUGAGAUGCUGGUGUGAUCAAGUGCCAUCAAGUCCCACCGGAAGCCAUGUUUCAUUUUAUAAUUGUGUAACACUCUUGUUCUCUGUCCUGCAGCAGGUUCCAGAUGCUGCAGGAAGCUGACAUUCUAGCCGGUUGUUUUCAUAGUACUGUAUUAUAAUUUUUGUGUUAUUUUAAUUUUGUGAAUUCUCUGCCCUUAGGCAUAAGAAUCAGGAAAAACAUAUCAGUUAUGAAGAACAACAACAUGCUUUAUCUGUAAAAUGGAGAGCAAAUUGGUAUGAUUUUUGUUUUUGUGGCUGCAGGCACAUUUGAUGAGUGCAGCUCUGAAGCUGAAGUUCAGUCCUGGAUGCGAUACAACAUUUUCCUUCUGCUUGAAGUUGGCACAUUCAAUGCUUUGGUGGAACUUUUGAACAUGGAAAUUGAGUGAGUUCCAUGUUGCUGCAGAGUUGGGCCUCUGAGAGGAAUGUAGGCUGUUUAGAUAGCCUGGUUAUGAUCUGCCCCACCAGGGUAUAUAUUUUUACAGCUUGUGAAUGAUCAGAUGCCAGAUUCAUUCUGGUAUUCAUCCAAUUUUUAUCUGAUUCCAUAGAAAGCCCUUGAGUUUAGGACUGGAGUAUUAAGGCAGUAGGGUAACACUGCAAGUUCUUUUCACCUACCUUUCCAGUAUCUGAUUAAGAAAAGCUAUCUUUCUGGUAAUGGAAAUAAAACAAGUAAUCUAGAAUAAUUUGAUUUUUAAUUAUUCAUUUAUAAUAAUUGUAUUAAUAUUAUUAAUGAUACUAUAUUAUAAUACUUUGUAAUACCAAACAAGAAUCACUUACUUUUGAGGAUGGCGUUGUUGUUCUUGCAGCUAAAAACUAAACACGGAUCGAUAGAAAGAUUAGUAUAUACUGGACUCAGAUGAAUGCCUCUCUAGCCCACUCCUUUGAUCUCGGUAGGAUCAAAAAUGUUCCUACUCAUUUAUCUAAAAAAAAGGAACACAAAGUUGUUAUAGAAUGUCUAGUAAUUUGGUUCUAUGGAGCAGAUGCUUCUCUCGUAGUUGAAUUCAGUCCAGUUUGUAAGAUCUCAUAGCAACUGUUUUGGGCAGCUGCUGUUGGAUAUGUAAAGGAAUUAGAGCAUGUGCAGAGUGGUGCCUAGCUGCAGAGAAAGACCACAGGAUAUGCAAACUGUACGCUGCUGUUUUCAUGUUAUAAUCUUAAUGUGUAAAAAAAGCCUUUGAUCCCAGAUUGUAGGCAGCAAGAGCUAAGUUGAUGUUGCUUCUUUUCUCUCAGCAACAGUGCUGCCUGCAGCAGUGCUGUGAGGAAGCCUGCCAUCUCCCUGGCUGACAGCACCGAUCUGAGGUGAGGAAUAUUGGCAUAUAGGCCACAGGUGUGAUGAGAUUUCCCUGUGAAGGACUCAUGAGUUUAAAAGAAUGCUUUGCUUUCCUUUCCUCCGCAGCCUUUCCUCUAUUUGCAUAUUCUCUUGUGUGUUUUUUUAAUCAUGGCAUUUAGAGGUGGAAAGGACCUUUUACACCAUAUAGUGCAACUACAGCAUAGCCUUCCAGCAGGGGUGGUAAUAUUUUUUCAGCCUGAGGGUCACAUGCCAAUAGUGGACAGGACAGAGGAAAAAGUGGGCAGAGCAACUAAUGUGAAUUUGUAUACCUUUGUAUACCAGGCAGUUUCUUCACACACAUCCCUCUGUCUUCCAUCCAGGCAAGCAAGAAGCAUGAUCAGAGUUCAAGGGACAUAUUCCAGCUAGGCAAAACACUUAAGGAGAGGCCAGAUGAGGGGUAUGGCUAAGGAAGAGACUUGAGUACCUGACAGAGAGGCCUGAGAAACUGCAUGUGGCCUCAGGUCUGAGGUUGCCCAUCCUGGCUUUCAGUAUCUACUUGAAUACUUCUCCGACAUUUGUGCAAGAAUGAGAUUUAUAGAUUUGAUGCAGCAUACUGUUGUGCCUUAAGUUGUCUGCAUUGAUCUAAUGGACUUGGGUGUGUAUAUGAAAAGAUAGGUAACCAAACCCAACACAGCUUUGAAUAGAGUAUGUUAGGAAGAAACACUGUGUACAGUGGUACCUCGGGUUACAUAUGCUUCAGGUUACAUACGCUUCAGGUUACAGACUCCGCUAACCCAGAAAUAGUGCUUCAGGUUAAGAACUUUGCUUCAGGAUGACAACAGAAAUCAUGCUCUGGUGGCGCGGCGGCAGCAGGAGGCCCCAUUAGCUAAAGUGGUGCUUCAGGUUAAGAACAGUUUCAGGUUAAGUACGGACCUCCAGAACGAAUUAAGUACUUAACCUGAGGUACCACUGUACUAGCUAACACUGUGUGCUAGUGGCGGUGCACAGUAUAAUCACCUCAUCUGUAGUGAAACCUCUAUAGCUGAAAAAUGGCGAGUUCUUCCAGGAGAUGCUUGUGGUUUAUGUAAAGAUACACCCACUAGAAUGAGUACAUUUUUUUUUUUAGAAAUACAGGUUGCUAAGCAACAGUCACCUUGGCAAUAUAGACUGGGAGCAGGAGGAAAAUGCUGGCUUCUUUUAGUAAAACUUGUCAUCUUCUCGUUGUGCCAAGCAUAUAAUGUUGCUACUUCUGAUGAAGCCGGGGGGAGGGGGGGACAUCAUUUGUGCACACUUUGCUAGUCUAGCCCCCUCUCUCCUAUCCCUGCAGUUUUGAAUAAGCUGAGCCAUAUUGUCAGAGUUUGCCUUUCUAACCUGCUUGGUCUUUGCAAUCCAUUUUUGCAGGGUGCUGCUGAAUAUUAUGUACCUUAUCGUAGAGACUGUCCGUCAGGAAUGUGAAGGAGACAAGCCUGAGUGGAAGACCAUGAGACAGACCUUUAGAGCAGAACUAGGUAAGGAUUCUGUUGCUGCCCAUUUUGUGUUUGUUAAGGCUGUUUUAUAAGUCUCUUGAGUUGAAGCAGGUAUCAGUAAGCCAGUAAGGUGCAAUUACUUUGUUGCAAGAAAAACUGCCUAGCCAGGUGUGGAAAGGUAUCUUUUUUCAUUUGAGCUAAAUGGGCAGGAUGUUUAGAACUAAACUGAAGCAGGGACAGUGUAUACAUAGACCAGAAGAAAUACAGUGGUUAUGGACAAUAUAACGGCUGUUAUGUUGGACCUACUAGUGAAUUGACGGCAGAGGAUGGGGUUGGAAUAUAUACAGCUGAUGGGGUUGGAAUAUAUACAGCUAGAACUGAGGCAUCUGCAUGUAACAAGGCCAUCGCCAAUGUAUUGCCUUUCAGGGGCACCUCUGUAUAACAAUGAGCCGUUUUCCGUGAUGCUCUUUGGAAUGGUGACCAAAUUCUGCAGUGGCCAUGCCCCACACUUCCCUAUGAAGAAGGUGUUGCUGUUGCUCUGGAAGACUGUCCUGGUAAGAGGUUGUUGCCUAUGAAUAAUUGGUCUUUUAACAGAUUGCUUCUUUUGCUGUAACUAAAAACUCUAUCCCCUUGGGAUAUAACCAGGAUUAUACAAAGUGAUGUGGUGCUGCUGUUUUAAUUUCUUGACUGAGAUCAGUUCAGAGACAAGCAUGCUUAGCGUUUAAGCUGUAGGAUGUGCAUAGGUCCGGAGUCCUUUUUAUUAUUAAAAGCUCUAUUGUAACUAACCAAUAAAUGUAAACCACUACAAGGACGUCUGUGUGUUGUAUGAUAAUAUCCUAGGUUGAGUUUGUCACCACCAUUGAAAAAUCUCGUGGAAACUUUGCAAUACACAGCAGUGGAGUUUUGGGGGUGGGGAUAUUAUACCCACAGGCACAGGACCAGUCCCUUUUCAUGCACUGUGCAGUGCACCUACAAGCUAUGAACAGUGCUGGGUUGAAGCAGGAUCUUAGAUAGUGACUUGGGGAAAAAAUCCCUUGCUGAUCUUUUCCAUCACUGUUGACAAAACAGACACACAGGAGAGCUGCUCUGUAAUUUGUUGGGCUUAUUCAACUCCUUUCAUAUAUGUCCUGAUAAUGCCAUUUGGCACAUCCCUGUAGCAGUGCUGCUGGUUUCUUAUGCUGGCUGCUAGCUGAGUCUGGGUAUCCUCAGGGCUUUUCGAUUGCUUGAAAAUAGCAGAUGGCAUCAUGGAUCCAAGCCUGAGCAAAUCAAGCUGCCAUUGACACAUUGGAAGGAAAAUCAUUAUUAAUGUGAAAUGAGGCUUCUGGGUUGUUUUGUUUAAAUUAACAAAUUUAUAGAUAUUUUGAAACUCGGAAGAAAGAGAUGAAUAUUUUCUUGCUAACUGAAGUAUCUUAGGAAGAGGUUCAGUUUACACGGGAAUCCUAGGACUGACAAAGAAGCACACUUACUGGCCUAAAUUUGAAAACCAGGCAGUCCAUAAUUUUAUUUAAUUAUGAAAUGUUUAUCCCACCACACCAAAUUGUUUUAAUUUUUCAUAUUUAAAGAAACGAUUUCUGGAUAUUGAUUAGAAAAGUAUCUCAGGUUAGUUAAUAAAUGGACUUGCAGUGCACUAAUGCAUAAUCUUUUUAAAAAGAGCACAGGAAUAAAAGAAGUUAUUCCAGUUGGUGCCAUAAUGAAACUCGUAAUGCAUACAUUUGGCUUGCUUUUUCUUUUUCUUUUUGAACUGCUGAAAUGUAUAGUUUAAAGACGGUGGUGCUACAACUAGGAUGCUAUAAUAUAAUCCAUUUGUGGAUGAUAAGGAGAUAUUUUUCAGCUGUUUGAGACUAACUGAUCAUGAAAUCAAUAAAGUGCAAUGUUGUUGCUAGUUUUCAAAGGACCUACUUCUCUGAUCAGUACAAUGUGGUCCAGCUGCCACUCAGCUAAACACACCUAUUUCAGAUAAGCCUACCUGGCUUUUCCAGAGUUCUUGGUGUUCCUCUGGCUGUUUGGUAUCUGCCAAGUAAAGAGCAUAAUAGUACAGAUACCACAGACAGGUAUCAUAUGCUACUGUUUAACCUAAGGUGGUCUUUCCCUGUCAGUGAGUGGAUGAGAAUUGCCCGGAAGUCUCAUGUAAGCCCCUCUGAACUUCUUGAAGAAAGAGAAGGAUAUGCUAAAUACAGUGGUACCUUGGUUUUCGAAUGUAAUCCAUUCCAGAAGACCGUUUGAGUUCUGAAACGUUCAAAAACUGAAAAUUCAAUAGCCAACAGCUAGGUCUCAGGAUCUUGCACUCAGCAGAAGCCGCAUGGCAUGUUCGACUUCCAAGGCGUGUUGGAAAACCGAAAUGUUCAUCAACGGAGAUGUUCAAAAGCCGAGGUACCACUGUAUGUGUGUCUGCUAGGAAUGUGGAGCUCUCAGCUUCAUGAGCGAAUGUCUUUAACUUCAUUUGUUUGAAAGUUAGCUGUGAAAAUGUUUCAUAUAAGCACAAAGACAGGUUUAAAAUGCUAUGUUCUUUGGUCUCUGCUAUGCCUUCCCAUAUACACAAAUGGUUCUUUGAAGAAUGAUGGACAUUCCUAUAACUGCAGCAAAUCCUCCAUUCCUCCGUCUUGGUUUGCCUUUAACAAACUGGUUUUUGAAGGGUUUAUGAGUGACCAAAGAGAUAAUGGAAGUGAAUGACCUGCAAUUAUCCUCUUGCCGUAGUGCACCCUUGGAGGAUUUGAGGAACUCCAGGAUAUGAAAGCAGAGAAAAGGGAGAUGUUGGGGCUCCCCCCACUUCCUGAGGAUAGCAUAAAAGUGAUUCGCAACAUGAGGGCUGCCUCCCCUCCAGCAUCUGCUUCUGAUUUGAUUGAGCAGCAGCAAAAACGGGGUCGUCGAGAGCACAAGGUAAGUCAGGGUACAAUCUGGGAGGGAUGUAAUCGUCCUUUGUUUAGGAAGACACUGAACUUAAGGAGAAGGCAGACUAUAACAUCAUUUGCUGUGUGUGUAUUCUUCCAGGCUCUUAUUAAACAGGAUAACUUAGAUGCCUUCAAUGAGCGAGAUCCCUACAAAGCUGAUGACUCCCGGGAAGAAGAGGAGGAGAAUGAUGAUGACAAUAGUCUUGAGGGAGAGACAUUCCCUCUUGAAAGAGAUGAAGUGAUGCCCCCUCCUAUCCAGCACCCACCGACUGACCGACUGACUUGCCCAAAAGGUUUGCCUUGGGCACCCAAGGUCAGGUGAGCACCUAUACAGGAUUGUUGUAUCUAAAGAAAAUCCCAGAACUGGAAGGCUCUCAUCUUCAGCCUCAAACCAGUGCUCACCUACUUGGUUAGUGCACCUAAUAGAUUUCUGAAUGUUAUAACUAUUAUGAAAUAUGUGCUCUGGCUUCUCUCAUUGACGUUGUGAUGAUGUUUGGGAGCCUUGAUGUCUUUGAGGAUGCUUGAGAUCAGAAGAGCGAUUCUCAUUUUUGUGUGUCUAGCAUAUAAAGGAACUUCAUCUCUCCAGGGCUUUGUGGUGAAUGAAAUAUGCAGUAAUCUUGAGGAGCCCUAAAGUUCUGUCUGAAUAUGAUUCUCUUCUCUUCUCUUCAGAGAAAAAGACAUUGAGAUGUUUCUGGAAUCAAGUCGGAGCAAAUUCAUUGGCUACACCUUGGGAAGGUGAGUUAAUGGAGCCCGAAAUUUGUUGCCUCUUGUGCUUAGCUUGUUUGUAGGGGAUCUCUUCUUACUAUGCAGUUAAUGUGUUGGGUAACUGGCAGCAUAGACUUUUUCCUGAAAAAAAGUAAAGACAGCAAGCUGUUCAGGCUUCGUUAUUUUUUUAAGCAUUCACAUAAUCGUUUCUCAUUCUGUGUUAAGCCACUACUGUAAUACUGUUCAGACACUGAGUUUCUGCUGCCCAUCUUGUCAGUUCCUGAAAACUCAGGAGGUCUGUGCAUGCAAUCAUACAUGCAUCUCAAAACUAUAAAUGCAGCUAUAAUGUUUUAUGGUAUUGUGUUGUAAUUUGAGUAACCAAAAGGACUAAAAUUCUUAAACAACUAAAAUAAGGUGUGCCUGUAUACACAAACACACACGCAAUAUUGCUAUGGACAGAUGAAGAAUAGGACCAGGAAAAGACUUAGGACACCCACCAUGUCACACACCAUGUGUAGAGUUGCUAAAUAAAUUAGCAUAUCAAGUGGUAACAGACAUUUUCCAGGCUUUUGGCUGGUACAACUAAAAGCUUAAUAGGAGUGGUGAAAACCUGCUACACUAAGUCACAAAACCAUAUUGCAGAGGGUACAUAUGAACUACAGAUUGAAUCCAGAUAACCAAACUUUUUCCAAGUCUAAGAAAUAAUAAUUAUUUCUUUAUUAUGUAUUAGUGCUUCAUUUUAAUAGGAAAAAAAUCCUACAUUUUAGAUGCAUCCAAUUAGAUCCUCCUAUUUAUUUCAGGUUCUGUUCCUGAUGCAUAACUAAUUACACAAACUGAACAUUCUUAAAAAUCUAGCAUGCUUUUAUAUUUUAAAGUUGAGAGGAAGGUUCCUAUAAUUUCCAAGCUUUCCUGUUUUUCAGGUUGCUAGUAGCCUGAGAGAAUCAUAUCUGAACUUACUAAUGAACAAUUUUUAUUGGCUCAAUAGGAGCAGGAAGCUCUUGCACAAAUGAAAGAGAUUUUUUUUUCUUAGACAAUUUAUCAGGACAUGCCUAGCAGGUAUUGUAAGCUGCCCUGUGAUCCUCAGAUGAAGGGUGGUAUAGAAAUUUAAUAAAUAAAUAAAAAUAAAAUGUGCUGUUUGAAAGCAUUACAGAGAGAAGAGUGAAAUCUCUUAAUCAGAUUGACUAGCUUUCUCUUCACAAUUUUACCAAAAUGGCUCAUUUGUAUCACUCAUGAUGUUUACUGGCUGACUGGUUUUGCUUUCACCCCCUCUAGUGACACUAACACAGUCGUGGGGUUGCCUAGACCCAUUCAUGAGAGCAUCAAAACUCUUAAGCUGGUGAGUACUCACUGUGUGGACUUCUUAAUUUGCAUGUGUAGAAGACAUCUCAUCUAAUUACUUACUGUUUGUCCAGCCUAAGAAAUAUAUCCUAAGCAGGAAAAGUGCUUGAAUUUAUGGUGCUGCCAAGAUGAUGAGGUUAACUUUCUUUGCCCGCUCUCUUUAUAGCACAAAUAUACAUCUAUUGCUGAGAUUCAAGUACAAAUGGAAGAAGAGUAUCUGCGUUCUCCCUUGUCAGGGGUAAGUAUCAUAGGGCAAAUGUUCAAAAGGGGGAAGACUUGUGGUUUAAAAAGCAUCUGCAUGAAGAAGUGGAAGGGGAAAAGUGUGAAUCUCUAAUUUGGAACUGGACAUUUGGCUGAUCUUUGCUAUCUGCAUAUGCUGUGAGUUGGUCAAAGAGAUGAUCCCUCCUGAUUCCUAACCUGCAAAUCAGAUCAUUGGCUUUGGAUCAUGAGAACUCUGCCCAUGAGACACUCUUAUUGGAAAGAGAGACUUAGGAUCCAACCCUUAUGUGGUAUGAUGCUGUGCAGCUGCCUCUGGAAGGAGUUCUUUAUUAAGGAAAGUUUUGCUGAGUUUCUGGAUGAAUGCUCUUAAUAUUCAGACUAACUUAGCAUGCACUUGAGGUAGGAAUGAAUGAUGCUAUUAUCUCUUUGUGUUAAUAAAGGGGGAAGAGGAGGUUGAACAAGUUCCUGCAGAAAUCUUGUACCAGGGUCUACUUCCUAGCCUGCCACAGUACAUGGUGAGUUAUAGUUUCCUCCUAAUGUUCAUUCCCAAGGCUUCAGCACACCCUUUUCCCAUUUCAUAAACUCUAGCCUCUCUACCAUUUUCAAGAUGGGAGAAAUAGCUAGACUCAGUUUGCAUUUCACUGCUGGCUUAUGCAAACUCCCAUUCUGAUAUAUCUCUUCUUUGCUUGCCAGUAUGUGACAAGCUAUUUCCUUUGAUGUUUCAUGUUCAUCUCUUCCCGUUAUGAGUUUCCUUCUCCUCUUUCCUGUUCUUUGGCACUUCUGAAAGCCUUCUUUGCUUCACUCAACUUUCACCCACAGAUUGCCUUGCUGAAGAUCCUGCUGGCUGCAGCACCCACCUCCAAGGCCAAGACUGAUUCCAUUAAUAUCCUAGCAGAUGUUUUGCCAGAGGAGAUGCCGUGAGUCUCAUUCUUAGGGGGAAAGCAUAUGGUGAAUGAAGGGCAAAGGCAAUGAAUGGAUGUUUACUUGACAUUCAGUGGUUGGGUGUUGAGUGGGCAGGCUGACAUUUAUUUGUAUAUUUAGACAUUCCUUUCCUGCUGUUCAAAUGCUUUUCAUAUGAUGGAACAUUUGAUUGUCUUGAACCUUGCAAAAUGAUGUGUGCAGCCUAGAAUUAAGAGAUCUGGUAGCAGAGAAAAGAAGUGUUUGGACUGGACCUGGAAAGCUGUUUUAAAAUGGGUCUCCUUAGAAAUAGCAGGCCUCUUAAGUAUGGAGGGGGAUGUUAAAUCAACAAUCUCUUGAGAAGCUUCAAGGCAGCUUAAGUGGUGAUGCUUGUGCUUCAAUUGAAGACCUUUUUUCCUGAAUUUGAAUGUGUCAUUAAUACAUGCACAGUACUUAUCCAUGUCUGGAGCAACAAAGAUUUCAUAAGAUUGGUAAAUAGGUUCUGCCACAUAGCAUACAUGGGUUCAAGGCAGUACUUUUUUAAAAAAAACUUUUGUUCAGCACAGUACAUCCUGAAGUGCUUAUGUUGGCAAAUGGAGCCACACACAGCUUGUUGAAUUCUUCAUUUUAUUGACAUAUUAAACAGAGUCAGGAAGGGCUUGGAGAAAAGUAUUGAGGAGUUGCCAUCUCUUCCUUGAUCACCCAUAUAUUAACUAAAAUUAAAGCAACCUUCUUCACUGGCCUGUAGAAAAGAGAGACCAUAAAGUGCUACUUAAAGGAGAAUUGCCCAAAAAUAUAAAUAAUAGCAUUAAGCACAGACAGAUCUGCCCUACCACAGUCACCAUCACAGGCCGUCGAAGCUAAUACUGCUGCUUUGCCUUCCAGAACUACUGUGUUGCAGAGUAUGAAACUAGGCGUUGAUGUGAAUAGGCACAAAGAAAUAAUUGUAAAGGCCAUUUCUGCUGUUCUGCUUCUACUGCUUAAGCAUUUUAAGCUAAACCAUGUUUAUCAGGUAAGCAUGAAAUGGCAUGAGCAAUCAGCAUUGGAAUUGAGAGACUGAAGUGAAUCUGGAAUUUGCUUGGCUAACCAUUCUUACCACAUCUGUUUCCUGCUCCAGUUCGAAUACAUGGCCCAGCACCUAGUGUUUGCCAACUGCAUCCCCCUUAUACUGAAAUUCUUCAAUCAAAACAUCAUGUCAUAUAUCACUGCCAAGAACAGGUAGGUGGGAAUAUCUCUAGCACACCUGUAUCCCAAAACGCUGUGACAGGAAAUGUGACACACUAUUUUUGCAGUGGGACACCUGGAUGGUAUCCGGAUGGGAUAUCUAAGAAUAACUAGUUAUCCUCCACAAUUUUAACUUGCAGAAAGGAAUAUGUUUCAUCCCGCUGAUAAAAAAAAACCUGCUGAGAAAUUAUUCAUCUCCACCAACACUACUACUUGUCUGUUAAAUGGAUAGCUUUAAAAUGUGCUUGUUUGAAAAGACAUUGAGUGACGUUCAUGUAGAUCCCAUGGCCAUGAGUGUCACUGGACUCAACAGACACCAUUGCCCUAGUGGGCUAAAACAUUACUAAGCAGUUGGUUGAUCUGCUUAUUUUUCUUGGCAGUAGGUAAGUAUCUGGAAUAGGCAGAUAUGGAAAGAUGUGCAUGCAUGAAGCCUCUUGGUUGUUGCCAACUGAAGAGCAGCAGGUGGAGAUGAUGUCACAAUCAUUUUUCUCAUAUGUUUGAACCUGGCAGGGGCAACCAUUUUGGACAUGGUAUAUUUGACUAGAUAGGUCAUCCAUUCUGAUCCGUUUGGGGUGUUUUGUGUUUUUUAGCAUCUCUGUUUUGGAUUACCCAUACUGUGUGGUGCAUGAGCUGCCUGAGCUGACUGCAGAGAGUCUGGUGAGCUAAACUACCUGGACAGAAACAUAUAUAGCAGAGGGAUGGAGAUGGCAUUGUCAAUGAGGGGCAAUUUCUCACUUUCCUUACUUGGUAAUAUUUCCUUUGUUUUGCUUUUUUUCCUAUAGGAAGCUGGAGACAACAAUCAGUUUUGCUGGCGAAACCUGUUUUCCUGCAUUAAUCUACUUAGGAUACUGAACAAAUUAACAAAGUGGAAGCACUCAAGGACUAUGGUGAGUAGAAGGGCCUCCUCUUCAUAGUGCUGUUAAGGCUUUAUUGAUCAUGUACCAUCAUUUUGGCCUUCAGCAAAUGAAUGGUGACCAAGGCACAGGUGAAGUCUUGGAAAACUGAGAGUGUUCCUUUGCUUUCUCAGAUGUUGGUGGUAUUCAAGUCUGCACCCAUUCUGAAACGAGCCCUCAAAGUGAAGCAAGCCAUGAUGCAGCUUUACGUUUUGAAGCUUCUCAAAGUGCAGACCAAGUAUUUGGGGCGACAGUGGAGGAAGAGCAACAUGAAGACCAUGUCAGCAAUCUACCAAAAAGUGCGGCACCGGCUCAAUGAUGAUUGGGCUUAUGGCAAUGGUAUGUCCUGGAUCUGUCUCUCCUCUUUCCACCCACUCCAAGUCUUUCAUAAGCCUUUAACUGCUAUGCCAAGCCAGUUCCCUUAAAUCACCCAUCUGCCUUCCUGUUAACAGAUCCCAUCAGUAAUUGCUAGGAGCGUAUGGUGAUGGCUCCACUUAUCCUAAACAGAGCAAGCUGAGGAAUGUGCUUCCCCACUUCUAAAUUGAUGUUGCUUGAUAGACAGUGUGGUAUAGUAACUAUAGUGUUGAACUUGGACCUCAUAAAUACAUGUUCAGAUCCUUGCUAUGAACCAUAUAGUGUAGUCUUGGACAAGUCAUUGGGUCUCAGCCUUAAACCUAUUUUCUACAGUGGAACCUCAGUUUUUGAGCAUCUUGGAAGCUGAAUGAUUCGGAACACAAACACAGAAAACCUGGAAGUGAUUGAUUCUGUUUUCAAAUGCGCCUUGGAAGUUGAACUGCUUCUGCUGCAUGUUUUUCCAUUUUUUCAAUGGAUUUUGCUGACCGCCCAUUGAUAUUCAGUUUUUGAACGUUUUGGAAGUCAAACAGUCUUCUUAACGGAUUACAUUCGAAAACCGAGGUUCCAUUGUACUAGAGUGACCAUAAAGGACAAGAUGGAGUCACUCCAUACUUCUUCAUAGAAGGUUGGAAUAGAAAUGUGAGAUAUUAUUGAUGUCUGUGUCUGCUGGGAAGUCCCUUUGCAUCUCAUCCCUAGAAGUUGAAUUUCUUAAAGAUCUGCCAAAUGGGAUGACAUAAUGCUGGACUGCCUGUAUGGCAUUGUAUGGCAUUUUCAUUGUGGGGGUAUGACUGGAGCCCUUCUGCUCCUUUAGCUGAUUGUUUGCUUCAUGACUUUUGCAGAUCUGGAUGCACGUCCUUGGGACUUCCAGGCUGAGGAGUGUGCUCUGCGUGCCAGCAUAGAGCGUUUCAACUCUCGCCGUUACGACCGGGCACAUAACAAUCCUGAUUUUCUACCUGUGGAUAACUGUUUGCAGAGUGUUCUGGGCCAGCGCGUAGAACUGCCUGAAGAUUUCCAAAUGAAUUAUGACUUGUGGCUGGAAAGGGAAGUUUUUUCUAGACCCAUCUGUUGGGAAGAAUUGCUCCAAUGACAUUUGAGAAGAGGGAAUUGGAGCUAGUACGUGUGCCCAAGGACAAGGCAGCUUCUCUUUAGUCAACCGGGCAUAGAGAGAAGAGAUAAAACUGGUUUUUCAUAUGGCUUGUAAUCUGCCGUUCUUUCCUUCUCCUCCAGGUGGCGGCAUGGAUUUAUACUGCUCUCAAGGUCCUAGCAAAUAUGGCUUUCCUACAUCUUUUGGGCUGCUUCAAUUACUGAUUGGUUUAGAAGGUGCUAAAUGGAUUCAGAGUAGUUCACUUUGAGACUCGGAUCAAUUGAAAAACGCUGAGCAAAAUACCAGUGUCAGCUUUGAUUGCUAUUCACGUGAUCCUUGUUGGGCUUCUGUCCUUUGACAUUGGCCAGCUGUUCUGUUCCAAAAGUAGUAUGGCAGCUUUUUUCUGCUAUGCCCCCACUCUUAUCCCAAAAGGACAGAACCCUUUCUCUGUUAGCUGCUAGGAUGGAAAACAGUAUCAUGGUGGUGUGAAUGAAAGGAGAAAAGAUAGGUGGUGCAUACAGUUGUUCAUACUAAUAGGAAAAGGAGCUAUCUGGAGUCCCAUCUAGUGCAUGUAGGGACCUUGUAUAAUUGAGAGGAUCGGGAGCAGGGAAUAGGAUGUGUUCAUAGCAGCUGCUUCCACUCUCAUCUGGUGGCCCUUCACAGGGAAGGCAAUUUAACUGGAUCAGGGAUGUUACCUUUUUUUGUUCCUGUAGUGGCACCAAACAUCUAAACAACAACUGAUCAUGUCCCAGUAUAAUUGAAUAUUAAUAUCUAUUUCUUUCCAUUGAGCAAUCUUCUGUUUUGAAGGCUUCACCAUGGAAAGAGAAACUCUUGACAUUUUCCCAUUUCCAUCAAUGUGCCAUUCUUUCUUCCUUCGUUUGCUUGAAAGCCUCAAUUUUUGAAUAGCUUUGCUGCACAGAUGUGCAUGCCAAUGUAGUUUGCUUAAUUUGACCCCUUGCCAGGGCACCUUGUUUGUGCCUGCGCUUCUUGGUUAAAUGUUGCAUAAUCCUAGUCUUCUCAGUCUGGAUGUUGGUGACCCAGGCAAGUAACUCAUCCUACCUUGAUGCUCCAUCCCAGUCUAGUUCACAUAAACAGAAGAUGAAGUGGCACGCCUGUGUCUGGACUUUCCCACUGCAAGUCACACCCACAGCCAUCUGGAAUAGUACUGUCAGUCCAGACAAAGGUUUUCCACUUCCAAUGAUGUUUUGUAAGAACCUAGUCUCUGGGUUCCUGCAAACCAGGACUGUGAAUGUGGUAGAAGUAAAGGCAUUUACUUUAAGUACAUAAGUGGACCUGACAAUAAAGUAGAUGCUUUCACUUCCCUAGGAGAUGGUAUCUGCUCUGAGAAGACUCACAACCAAAUCUAAGUGUAGCCUGUUGUAUUUAUAAACAUUCAGGAACAGGCAAGUACAGUAGGUCACCACCAGGUGCAAUACAGUAGAAUGCAUUUUCCUAUUUGUUUGUGCUUUGUAGUCUGAUUAUAUGCUCAGGCUACAAUUCUAACAUAUUUGGAAGAGAGCCCCAUUGAACAGACCGCCUGAGUAAAUAUGUUUAGGUCUGGGGUGCCAUUAAAAUGCUACUGUGGCAGUGGGUGGGACUGCUCCAGCACUCCACAUUGAGCCUCGAUUACUUGUCCCCAAACACUCCCAGCUGUUUAACUUUCAUCACUGAGGUUACAGAGUGUCUCUCAGGCAGACAGCAGCAGGGACCAAGACACAGUGUCAGCGUAGAAUAAGAAUCAAGUUUUAGCAAAGCCAAUUCAUUUGUUUUGAGCAAAUGUCACCAGGCAGACAUUUGCUCACAAAUUGUAACGUAGCUACAGAUGGGGCUCCAAGCUUCUUCAAGGUGUAACAUACUGAGACCGUAGGGCUCCCCCCUCCCCAUCUCUGCAUUGUUAACAGUGUGAUGGUGACAUGAUCAUGCAACAGAAGCACAUGGUCGCAUAAAAGAAUGAACAAGCAUUAAAAACAACAAAAUGCCUAUCAACUUACAGUGGCUACUUUUGUGUAUGAAUCCUGAGAUCUGUACGUAUCUCCUGGAAAGAAAUCCAGACAAUUUCUGCUCACUGGAAAUUAGGGACUUCAGUGGGUAAGUACAGCAUCUUUCUGGCUUUGCCCUCCUACUCACAGACUUCAUAGAGCCUGGUGGCAAAAUUAGCACCUGGGUGGAUGUUGCCUCUUGACAGAUAAAUAACUCUUCUUCCCUGGGUUCAGUCAACCUGUCUCUUGGCUUACACCUCAGCUAUCUCAAUUCCUCUAUACCAUAAUGGGAGAUAGAACUGGAGACAUGGGGGGCGAAGACCUGAUUAGCCUUCCUAGGUUGAAUUGGGAGUAUUUGGGGGAGGCCUGGUUGCAUGGUGGUUCCUUCAUAUGUACUUGCUCAGCUUAUCUGUAAAAUUUCUAAUACCGGCAAACAUCUGGCCAUUUUUACCUUCUGGAGCACUACACUAUUGGAUUUUGUAUUUAAAUUACAGUGAAAAUGAAAUCCAGCUAUUAUGGAUAAAUUAUUCUGUGAGCACUUGCUGGUCUGUGACACCACUGAUGGGCACAGCUGCAUGAUGGGGGCAGACUGCAAACUUGAAAGCUGCCUUCCUCUCCCCCACAAGUGCAUUGAUGUCUGUGGAUGGAGAGGAAGGAUACUUGCAUUUUCCUUGGUCAUUUCAAGCAAUCUGGGUUAUGUACUACAGAAAUGAACCAGGAAUGUAGGCAGUUAAGAUCCCUUCCAGCACGGUCCCCUUGCAGUAGUAGAUUUGUUCACUACUUAAAGUUUUAAUAGAAGACUCUAACCAGGUAGAAGAGAGCUUUCCAAACUUUUUAUAUUGGUGACACCCUUUUUAGACAGGUAUCACUUUGUGAUGUAGUAAAUUCAUUUUGCAUCAUUUCACAACACAGUAAUUGUUUCACUAGCAAACCAGAGGUUAAACUUAACCUCUUUUUAGCCUCGGGAACAGCGUGGGGAGCAUUCAUGUGACACGCCGACACACUGCAGCCGACACACUGAUGUGUCGCAACACACAGUUUGGAAAGCUCUGUGGUAAAGUAAGGAAUUGCAAACUGUGGACAGUAUCCAGCUAACAUGUCCCAUCAUCACAAGGAUUUAUACUUACCCCCUGCACAUGCCCUGAAGGGGUUGCAGGAACCCCUAGAAAAAGCUUCCUCAACCUCGGCCCUCCAGAUGUUUUGAGACUACAAUUCCCACCAUCCCUGACCACUGGUCCUGCUAGCUAGGGGUCAUGGGAGUUGUAGGCCAAAAACAUCUGGGCGGCCGAGGCUGAGGAAGCCUGGCCUAGAACAUAUUUAAGGGGCGCACAAGGGGAGGAGAGGGGAGAUCCGAUUGUGCCAAGUGGACAUCCUUGUGCUGGAGGGUUAUGUUACUCAGGGUUACUUUAGAUAACCCAGUUUUUUAUUAUUUACUCCUACUUACUCCUCAAAAAAAAACCACCAACAACACCUCAGGGCAUCUCAACAGAAAUAAUUUUAAAUGGCAAUGAACAGUUUUAUGCCUUUUCUGUGUGAUCUCUAAUCUUUCUGAAAUGUGUCUAGCAGAAUUGCUCUAAUAGUGUACAAAGUUAAAUUCUUGCUAAGCUGCU